AUCUGAUUCAGGGAGAAGAUACUCAAAGUCAUUUGUUCUUAUCACCUGUGUGCCAGAUAAUGUCACUUUGACUGCAAGCUGUUACCAGCUCGAGCCUUCAGUAACUUCCCAUACAAAAAUAAUCUAAAACCUAAGUGACUCACGCCAGGAACAAUAAACUAUCAGAUCCCCCUCCAGAGCCAGUCCUGUCCUGAUGCUUUUGUUGUUUCUCCUUUUAAAAUGAAAUGAAGUAUUUCCCUAGAUUUAGCCACUUUCUGAGCCAACAGCCUGAAGCCAACUUGACAAUGCUUUUCUUCCUUAACUUCAGACAGCUAAAAAAAAACAAGAGCAACUGCCAAUUGUUUUGCCGGUAUAAAAAUACUUGGAGGGCUGGAUUGGUGAAGAAUGUAGUAAGUCAGCCAAUAUUCAAUUGUUUUGCAAGAGGAAGGGUUGGUAACCAUAGCAUGAGCUGAUGACAUCAGUACUUGCUUACAGCAGAUGACAAAUAUAUAAAAGUGAAUGUCAGAAAAUCUUUCACAUAUGCUGAAAAUCUCUGCUAUGAAGGAAUGGAUCACCUAAAAAAGCUUUGUGAAACAUGCUCCCAACAACAGAAAGUGACAUCUGCACAGUCAAAGGACCCUCAGCACACAGAUUACCUGCAUGUCCUGAAGAGAUACUUGGUUGUGAAAUACAUACAGUAUAUGAUCCUGCCUUCUACAAAUAUUGUGGUAUUGGUUGCAGGAGCCAUUGGAACACUUCACAUCUCAGUCUUGCUCUUAUCUCAGACUGUGUCUAAGAAGAGCACAGCAGUCUUCAUUUCGCAUUUGGCAGCGGCAGAUGCAGUGCUGGUGCCUGCCAUCCUGCUCGAAAUGUGCCACCAAGUGGUUGAUAUCAAAUUUGCAUCAGAUGGCUUCAUCCGUGGCCUAAUUCACAAUCUCCUGGUGAUGAACAUCAACGUCAGUUCUUUAAUGUUAAGUUGUAUCAGCCUGGAGGCUUUCCUCAUAACUCAAUUCCCUGUGCAAUCUCGUUACAUAAGGACUGUAAGGCAAGCUAGAAGGACUAGUGUACUUGUCUGGAUUACUGUGCUCAUAGAAUGUGUUAUUUCACAAACUGAAUACAUAGCUGCUGCGGAAUCCAAGGAAUUCUGUCUAUCAGCGUUGUUCCAGUAUUUUCUGCUGAUAGCUCCUGCUGUUAGAGGACUGUUUGAUAAUCUGCUCAUCUGUUUCAGGUUCAUGAAUGUCUUCUUCUACUACAAAGUUUAUACAACUAAGUCUUAUUCCAGGCACCUAUCAAUUAGAACAGGCCACUGUUCUUAACAUACAAGAUUGCCUUGAAGAAUUCCUUUUUUAACAAUAUAAUUAAUCUUUUACUUAGGUAGGCAGACAGGCAAUGAGAUAUUUAUUAAGUAUUUAUUAUUUACUAAAUGAACAAGGAACAAGAGUAGGCCAGAAUCCAGAGCCUACCCCAUCAUUCAAUAAGAUUAUGACCUCAACUCUAUAUUCCUGCACACUCCUGAUAGUCAUUCCUCCCUUUAGUAAGCUACAAUUUACCUCUGCCCUAAAAAUACUUAAAAAUUCUGCAUCCAGAAGGGAAUUCCAAAGAUACACAUUCCUCGGACAGGAAUUUUUGAAUGGGUAAUUCUUUAUUUUUCAGCUACGAUACUUAGUUUUAAAUUCUUCCACAAGAGGACACAUCCUUUCAACAUCCACCCAGUCAAGUGGGCGGCACGGUGGCACAG